AUGAAGUGGAUUCGUGCAGAGAGUAACUAUGUUAGUUAUUACAUUAAAAAUUUUACAACUCGAUCACAACACCAGAAAACAAGAGUUAAGUUUGAAGAUCACCUCAAUAAUCGUCAAAUAUAUUAUAUUAAAACGUUGCAAGAUGUAAUGAUACCACAAGCAACAAAAACUGUAGCUCAAGUGACGGCGGUUAUGUUUACACCAUCAUCAAGAGUGAUGAACAAACAACGUGUUGCGGCCCCACAUGCAUUAUUGAUGAUCAACCACAAUAUAACAGCAAUAUCAUUAUUAAAUACCACCAAACCAGCUAAAACAAUAGUUAAAGGCAGGAAUCUAAGGACAAUCGAACAGCAAGAAGAUCACAGGUGUUGUUAUGGUAAUCCAUACAAACAAAUCAAGCAACAACGAACACCAAGUCAUCAUUAUCAACCAGUGCACAAUUGUGUUUCGUCAGUAACUUGCAGCGAUGUUGAGCAAAAAUCGACAUCAUCAGUCAACUCCAUCAUUGCUCAACUAGUUUCUCAUUUACCAACACAACAAAGACAACAACUGCAGCCUGUCUUACUCAAACAUUCGGCCGUGUUUGAUACGUCGAAAAUAACAACAACGCCGAACAUCGUAAUGAAAUUGAUUGGGUGA